AUGGAGCAAAAACAACAAACUCCUUUAAAGAAAUGUUGUUUCAAAUGUAAAUCAAUAAUAGAAAAUCGACAGUUCACAAUUUGUUCAGUUUGUAAUAAUAUCUACCAUAUUGACUGUGCAAACAUAACUUUCGCUCGUUUUAGAAUAUGGACAAAUGAGACUAAAAAAUCAUGGAGAUGUUUUAAAUGCAUAAAAAGUAAAAAAAAAUACAGUCCUCUCUCCUCCCUAGAAAAAGAUGCGGUAAAUAUCACAAUACGCAAAAAAAGGACUGAUGAAACCCUUGAAAGUAACGAUAUGAAUGCUUUUGACUCAGAAUCUCCAAACAGCUCAGCAAAAACUGGCCAGACACUACUACCUAAAGAAAAAUUAUUAGCAAAAUCACUAUCGAUGGAAUUGCCUGUUGAAUCAUUAAACAAUAGUUUCCAAUCCUUAGAAGAUUUAUCACACAGUUUAGAAUUAGUAAAUGAACUUGAUAUUGUGAGCAAACAAAAUACGAAAAUAGAUGACUUACAAAUUAAAGAGUUGCGAGUCUGA